AUGACAAUUUAAGAAGGAAAGGAAUAGAUCGUUUCAGAUGAAGAAGAGAAAGUUGAAUCUCAACCAAAUUAAUAGUAGCAAUAAUAAUAGAGAACAUAAAACGAAUAGCAAGAGAUCGAAAUAGAUUUAAAUACAACAGAGUAAAAUCAUAACUUAGAAUAAAAUAAUUAAAUAGAUGAAUAAGUUUAAUACGAAUCUACCGAUAUACCUGUAAUAGACAAUAUUGAAUUUUAGGUUUUCUAUGGGUUGAACGAUCAGUGUUGCAUUUUGUCCCACUCAGAUAAGACUUAUUAUAGAUACGCAUACUAUGUCUUAGAAAACAUAAUUAAGGGCAAUAUAACUUAAAAAGCAGAUAUAUAGUAGUUCAUUACAAAUGUAUUAAUGCCUCUUACUAAAUCCAUAUAUGAGUUAAAUCCAUCUAAUAUCAAUGACAUUGAUGUGUUGAUUGAAGGGACUCUGUUUAUAUUAAAAGCAAUUGUUUUUUCUUUUAUGUUUUUAGCUGAAAAUGAGAAUUUAAAACCAAUAAUAGAAGCAGGCAUAACAUACAAUACGAAAUUUUAUUCCAGAAACCAUUGCAUUGAUACAAAGCUGAUAUAUAAAAAAGUUCGUGAGUAAACAUAAGAGUAGAAUAAGCCACGCUGUGAAAGAAUAGAAUAUAAUUAAUACGAAAACAUGUAUCUAAUCAAAGACAUAGUGAAACUUAAAAUAUGCGAAAUAGGAUAUGAAAAAUAUUUAAUUGAUAUCUUGAAGAGUAGCAAUAACAUAAUACAGAUUAAAGACAUUCUAAAACUCUUUAAGAAGUUAUUUUAAAAUGAUGCAUACACAAGAAAAAUGCACAAUGUACUAACAAAUGAACUGAUUUUGAUAAUCAAAGAUCUUCCCCUUAAAAUUUAAUACAACACUAAAUAAUUACCACCUAACUUUAUAGAAAAACUCUUAAAAACAGUUUAAUACAUAGCAAAUACUGGUUUUUAAUACAAUGAAUCAGAAAGGUUCGUCAACUUUUUAGAGCUGGAGUUUUAUUUUGUUUUCUUUUGUAGUUAAUAACUUUAGCAAAAAGUAACAGGUAUUACUAAUAUAAUAUAAAAAAUAAAUAAGUUGAUAGACGAAGAUACAUAGUUUAGCAUUAAUUAUUGCUCAUUCUACUAUAAAGCACCCUAAGAGGGCUAGAUUAUUCCUAGCAAUACUAUUUAUUUCCCUGUUUGGAAUGAAUUUGAUGAAAAUAACAUAAAAAAAAGCAUUUUAGAGUGGAUUUUAUAUAAAUAAAUGUUUGAGAAAAUUUUUAAUGAAUAUUCUCACCAUGAAAUCAUUAAGAGAAGCUACCCGAUAGUUAGAUUUUUAUAUAACAAUAAGAGCCUUAAGUAAGACCAAAUUUUAUACAUUUAUCGCUUGGCUGUUGGAAAACAUCACUCCCUACGUUCCUGCGUGUAUUCUUUGCUUAAUAAUUUAGUAGAUAUCAUAGAUGUAGAAGACUUAGAUCUUGUUUUUAAUGAAGUACAAAAAACUCCAAUUGUAGAAAUAGAUUUAGAAACUAUUAACUUACUAAGAGCGAUUUUAUUAAACUCUAAGCUUUAUAAUUUUACUUAUGUUCCUUCUUAGGAAAUCGAAUGUCAAUAAAAUCCUAGAUCCUCAAAUAAUCUAAAUAAAACUUUGAAAAGUUUCAAUAAAAGUAGCAAUUAGUCUAACUCGAAAGAUAAUUUGGAUGAAGAAUUGAUUUAGAAUGUCCAAGUUGGAUAGCUAAAUAAUUGUAGAAACUAAAAUAACGACACUGAUGAAGAUGCCAGAUCAAAUGAAGCCUCAAAUGGUGAUGAAAAUUAGUUUGACCCAGAAAAUCAAAUCAAUGAAGAUAUUAAGCAAAGUAUUGAAAAGCGUAUUCAAAAAAAUCAAACAGAUUUUUUCGAUAAUCCAUGCGAUUAAACAUAUGAAAUUCCAAGAAGAAAGUAUAAAAAAAGAUCAGAUGUUCUUGGAGCGCAGGGAAAAGAAGGAAAAGGAAGAAAGUAUAGAGAAAAUGAAAUCAACUUAGGUUCAACGGGAGGAAAAUAUGUUACUAUUGUCAAAUAAGAAGCAAUUAAAAUGUAUGAGUACUUUUGGUAAAUUAUUAAAAAAGCUUGUACCCAGUACAAUACUAUGCCUUAAGAAUUAGUUGAUAAAUGCAUUGAAAUUAUGAAACAUGUUGUUGAACACUAAUUUAGACCUCUUAAAUAUGAUUUGCUAAAUAAAUGUAUUGAAAUGAUAAACAAAGAAGAAAUGAUUGAUUAGUCAUUAGAUUUUAUCUGUAGCUUAAAUAGAAGUCUUCCAAUAGAAGAUAUUAAUGAUGAAAAAGUAUUUAGUACGUCUGAGGAGUUGUUUUAAUUUUUAGAAUAAAAAGUAGUCUUUUAAAAUUGCGUUUUGUAAAGCAUAUAAAAAUACAAGCUAAGCUUUGUUAAGUUAAUUUAACUAUUGGAUGAUUUUAAGAGAAUGAAUUUACAUAACAAUCAAAUAAACUCUUCUCCCAUACCACCUUCUUCAUAUUAAAUGGAAGAUGAAUCAGCCCACUAUAACAACAACAACAAUGUAAUGAGUUAAAAUGAUAACAAAAAAAGCUAAUAAAAAGUAGCAAUGCAAGCAAAUGAUAACAGUAGCAGUCCUUUUAGGAAUGAAUAAUAACAGCAGUAAUAACUAACUUUAACUAACAAAAUCAGAUAAGAAGCUCAUAAAAUUGAGUAUUUAAAUUUUAGAAUUUUAAAUGCCAUAGACGAACAUACUCUGUAAAAUUAUUAGAAUGUAUACAAAGAAUAUAUUGAGACUUGCAAAGAUAGACUUAAAGCUGUUUUAGAAAGUCUGAGAGGAAUAAAAAGAGACUUUAAUGUAGACAUAAUUAAAAAUUUGUUUGCUUUAUUUUGCUAGAAUGAGCGUAUACCAUAAGAAAAGGAGCUAUUUUAUAAUGUGCUUAUAUAAUUAGUGGUAGAAUAAAGAUAAAUGAAUAAAGUUUUAGAGUCUAACUACAACUAAUAACAAUCUAAGGUUUGUUUUGAGCUCAUUAACAAAGAGAAUUUCUCAUAUAUUUUUAAUGAAAUUCUUCUAUGUCUUGACAUUUAAUAAUUCUCUGCAGUAAUCAUGAACUGCUUUGAGGCUUAUUUCUUUUACAUAAAUGAAUACGUAAAAAAUUUUGUUUAAAUUUAAGGAAACUCUUAUGUCAUUAACUUAUUUGAACCCUCAAAGACUAAUCCUUCUUCCUUAGAUACUUAGUCUCCAACAAAUUUUAUUAACUAUACUAUUACAACAGACUAAAUAUUAGGUAUUGAUCGUUUUUGGUAAAUUUAUUUAACGCAUUAAGAUUAAGCAAUAUCAAAUCAUGCAGGAACUAUUAUUUCAAAGAUUAUACUACUUGCUACAUAAUACAGUGAUCCUGAAGUUUCAUAAAAGAUAAAGCAGCUUUACAUUAAAGAAAUCAUGGUUUAAUUAAAAGAGUCAUAUGAUUGCUUAGCAGCUAAUGGAUUCACCAACAAUCAAGCUAAUAAAGCAAAUAGCAAUUUAAAUUUAUUUAAUUAAUAAAAUGAAAUCGAGCUCCUAAAAAAUCAUUAUAACCAAGUGCUCUAACGUUCACUUGAUCUUUUAAAUAAACUAUUAAAAAAUAUCGAUAAGAAUACUUAGCCUACCACCCAACUCAGAAAUUAUUACCCAGUAAUAUCUAUUUAAAUAGACAAUCAAUAUCAAAGCUAAAGUCAAGAGAAGUUUUAGAUUUAAGUAUAAACAAAUCAAACUAUUAGAGAAGUAUUUACAACGAUCGGAGAAAGGAUGAAUCCUAAAGUCAAACCUGAGUAAUUAGAGGCAUUUUGUGGAGGACAAAUUAUUGGAGAUUUAAAUAAAACAGUAAGUUGCUGUAAAAUUUAAGACAAAUAAACACUAAAAAUUCACAAAAAAAAUGAUGCUAUGGAAUUAGAUGAUUAUUCUAUGAAUAACUAAGCAAUUCCAUUAGGUUAUCCUGUUGAUAAUAACGAUUUUAAACCAAAGGAAGAUCUAAGAGAAAAGGUUGCUUAAAUCAAAGAUAUUCUGAAUAAUAAUAACUAUGCUGAUGAUUUUAUAGAAUUUCUUUUACGUGACAAAAAAGAAGAUAUUGGUGAUGUUUUGAAUAUUUUUUAUGAUGAUCAAGAAGUUUAAGAUUAUGAGCAAAAAUUUCUUUUGAGACCCUAGGAAGAUAAUCAUAAGUUCUAGGAUUUAGAUACAAGCUUUGGAGGCAAUAACUAAAAAAAUAACAACACAAAAGGAACUCAAGAAACCAGCAAUAACAAUAAUGAUAAUAUCUUAGAAGAAGAUAAAAAUGAGCUAGAAGAUGAUACUGAAGCAAAAGAUGGAAAAAUUUCUUUCUCUAAAAUUAUUUCUAAUCAUGAGGAAUACUUUGAGUUUUUAUUUUAAUUACUUGAAAUUGAUAACCCUUAACUCUAAUAAAAAAUAUGGGAUAUCAUAACUAUUCUCCCAGUAAGCAAAAAGUCUUCAAGCGCAAUAAAUGAGUUAUGCCAAAAUAUAGAAAACUCUGAUGAGAGUAAUUGGUAAACAUUCCUUAAUGUACAGAACAAAUAUGUAAUACUUUAUAGAUUACAAAUGAUUUUUAAAAUCGUUAAUUGCAACACCGAUCUUUUCACCUCUGGUUUUAAUAACAACUAACUCCCAAAUGAUCCUAGAGAAAGAGAAGUCUAUUUCCAAAGAAAGAAUUUUAGAAUUAAUUUUGUUAAAUCAAACGGUUUUACAUUCUUGCUUUAAGCUUUAAUAAGUGUGGAUCUGGGAGAAUAUUUUGAGGUAUAAAAUAUGGUGGUAAGGACAAACUCAGAUGGGUAAAAUGCUGAUGUUUCAUUAAAUAUACAAAAGCAGCUCAAGAGCUAUCAAAGCAUAUUAUAUGUAGUAAAAACUUAUGUAGAAGCCUUUUUGAUGAGUAACUCAAAUCCUUAAAGUAUACUAAGAAAAGUGAUUCUCACCAAUUAAACUGAGAGAAGCAAAAGCUAAAAUAACAAUAACUCUAAUAAUAUGAAUAACUAAAAUAAAAGUAAUGCUAAUAAUAAUUCUAAUUAAAUGUAAAUGGAGGAGAAAAAUCAGUUUAUAGGUCCAAUGAACAAUCCAAAUAAAGGCGGGUUAAGUGAUGAAGAAUUGGCAUAAAUGUCAUCUUAAUCCAAUUCAAAUAAAAUGGAAGAAAUGACUUCAGCUGCACCUACUCAAAAUAAUAAUAUAUAAGGACAAAAUUAGAAUAAUAUUACUGCCAACAACAAUUCUUUAAGCGAGAUUUAUGAUUUAGUUUAAAGCAUCGAAUCUGAUGCUACUCUAUUAUCAAAGCUGUAAUCUAUAAUCUAAUUAAAUAUUAUUUCUUAAAAAUGCAUUGAAAUUUUAGAAAUUACUUCUUCUUUAUUUGCUCAAACAUAAGAAUUAAUUUGUGAAGAUAUGCUCUUUGAAACAAUAGGGCUGUUAUAAUCAUGUAUCAUCUUUAUGCCUAGCAAUUUAUGCGUGCUUGAAUAAUUUGGUAGAAUCCAAUAAUUACUCGUCUUCUAAUUAUUUGGAUGCUAAAGUUUGAGAAUUCGCCUUAAAACUUUUGAGUUCAUCGUUUUCAUUACCCAUUUUAUUGAAUAAAACAUUCAGUAACAACCAGAAUAAAGUUAGAAUUAAUUGAAGACACGCUAAUUCUUUAUAAAGACUCUAUUAGGAUUAUUUGAAUAAUUUAUAAAUAAUGUGAACUUUGCAAACUGUGAUGAAUACAUCCAAGCCAUUCUAUCAUUUAUUUAGAACUUUGAUGAGACACAAAUAAAUUAAAACUUUGGAAUUAAUAUUUAAACUUUAUACAAUGUCAUUAUUAAUGGAAUAUAGAACCGUCCAAUUAUAGAGACACGCUAUUAAAACAACUAAGAUAAGGUUUUAGCAUCAUUGUUUAGAUUUGCCUAAGAACUAAUCAUAAGAAAGUAGUCACUUGCUAGCUUAAAUCCUUAACUCAUUCAAAACAUGAUUGAUUACUUAUUCUAUUUACCUGGUUAGGACAUGGAUGUUUCUAAUUUUGUUGAGCUUCCUAAGUGCAAGCAUCGUGAAACAAGAUAAGCAGCUCUCAAGAUGAUUUUAACUCUAUGCUCAUUUUCUUAAGAGAAUUUUUAGAUAGUAUUUAGAACUAUUCAAUCUAAUUAAUAACACUUACAAUUUAAUGAUUAAGACUUAGAAGUCAAUUUAAAACCUGCUCAUGGUUUUGUUGGUCUUAAAAACUUGGGAUGCACUUGCUAUAUUAACAGCUUAUUGUAAUAAUUUUAUAUGAUUAAAGAUUUCAGAAGAGCUAUUUUGAAUGCCUAAAUAGUUAUAAACAACUAAUAGAAAUAAUUACCUCAAUAACCAGCUGCUCCUCCCUCUGCAGGAUAAUAUAACACUAGCAGUAGUACUAUGGAGAUUGAUGAAGUAUAACACCAUCAAAGAUUAAACUAGGAUAUUAACGAUUCUUUCCAUUAACUUUACAAGGAGCACACUCUUUAUCAACUCUAAAAUCUGUUUGCUUCAAUGGAGUCUUCUAUCAAAUAGUAUGUAUGGCCUACAAGUCUCAUCGAAUCAAUAAAAGGAUUUGAUGGCGAACAAAUAAAUGUUAGAGUUUAGUAAGAUGUAAACGAAUUUUUCAACAGAAUCACUGAUAAAUUAGAAGAUGAAUUAAAGCCUACUCCUCAAAAAGGACUUCUACAGGAAUUGAUAGGUGGUUAACUAUCAAAUGAGAUUAUUUCUUUAGAAGAAGAAUACCCUUUCUUAGCUGAAACAAUAGAACCAUACUUAACAAUAACAGUGGAUAUUCAAAAAUGCAAGAACUUGUAUGAAGCUCUUGAUACUUAAAUUAAGGGUGACACAUUAGAUGGAGAAAAUAUGUACUUCUGUGAAAAGUAUUAAAGAAAAAUCAAAGCUUAAAAAAGAAGUUGCAUCAAGAGUCUCCCUAAUAAUUUAGUUCUUACUUUAAAGAGAUUCGAUUUUGAUUUUAUCACAAUGGAGAAGAAAAAAAUUAAUGAUUAUUUCGAGUUCCCAUUAGAACUAAAUUUACGUAAUUGGACAAAAUAAAAAUUAUUUGAAUAAGAAGGUAGAAACUUAAAUGAAUCAGAUAUACAUCCUGAUGAAUACUACAAUUUCUAACUAUCAGGAGUUCUUGUCCAUAAUGGAACAUCUGAAUCUGGGCAUUAUUAUUCAUUUAUAAAAAAUAAGGAGGAUUCCAAAUGGUAUGAGUUCAAUGAUUCCUAUGUUAGAGAAUUUAAUGUUGAAAAUAUUAAAGAUGAAUGCUAUGGAGGUAAAUCCUAACAAGUAUACAGAAGUUAGAUGUGGGAUGAGUCAGAUUAUAAUAAAAGUAGAAAUGCUUACAUAUUAUUCUAUGAAAGAGUGAACCCUUAUCCUCACAGACUUUAGGAACUAGUUAAUCUACCAAUUUAGUAAGAUUUAGUGUAGAAAAUAAAGGAUGAAAACAGAGAAUUUUGGAAAUCAAGAUACAUUUUUGACUCUGACUACUUUAAUUUUGUUCGUGAAUUCAUAUUCUCUUAUUAGUUCAGCGAAUUUAAAAAUGUAACAAGCAAUAUUUCAUACACUAGCUCACAAAUUGAAUGCUUAAAGUGGAUGAAAGAGUUUAAAUUUUAUAUUGCAAUGACAGAAAAUGACUCUGAUUAUAAUGAAAUAGAUGAGACCCAGCUUUCUCAAGAAGAUAUUCCUGAAGAAUAAACUCUUCAAUAUCUUAAAGAAUCUUAAGACAUCUAAAUACUUUAAUUUGCUCUCUAAAAUUUACUGGAAAAUUAAUCUAGAUCUAAGGACUAUUAAAGUUUUUGCUAAGCCCUUAAAUAAAUACAAUCUGUUUUAGCCAAAAAUGUAGUUGCAUGCUUUUGGUUUUUGGAUAUUUAUCUAGCUUAGAGAAAACAGUUAAUUGUUUAGCUUAUAUUGGAUCAAUUUAACAUAGAAAUAAGGGAAAGAUUCUAAGAAAUUAUUAUUUAAUGCUUAGAAAAUAUUUAUUAAGUUGAAAAAAGCUACAUAUUAAAAUUAAAAGUAUUCAAAAGGGCUAUCGAUUUCAAUAAUAACUACCAAUAAAUUGAAAACUAUCAAGAGAACGUAUCUUGCUUGUACAGAUUUGUAAGCUUGUUUGUUUAAUAGAUGUAAGAAAGUUUAGCUCAAAACAUUAACAAGGCUUCCAACUACCUAAAUAUUAUAAAAUAAUUAGUUACUAUUGAUAACUAGUUUAUUUAAAUUUUAAACGAUCAAUAAGUGACCAAAAAUUAUAUGUUAUACUUAAACAAUUUACUGAAGAAGCAGUUGAACAACUAGCAACACUAAGAUCCAAAUGUUUAAAAGAAUUCAGUAACUCUUUUAGAUAUUUUAGCUUAAAUUGCUAUUAGGAGUGUGACAAAUGGUAUGCGCUUUAUAAACUAAUGCUCUCCAGUCUUCAUAAAAAGCAAUGAGAGCUAAAUUUUAGUUAACUUAGAACCAGAAAUAGAAAAUAGCUUGCUUAACUAUUUUAAAGAAUAUCAGUAAAUUUGCUACUAUAUUAAUGACCCUUACUAACUAUUUAUACAUAUCUGCUGGGGUAAUGAGUAAAAUACUAAAAAGUUGAUAAUAUCUCUAAGAGAAUAUGUUGUUGACCACUAAUUCCUCUAUUAUAAUUUUGAUGUUGCUUUUAAGAUUCUUAAAGAGCAAUUUGAUUUAGAUGAUGGAUUUACUGAAAUGAGAAUCAAACUCUUCUUCUUUAGUGGAUAAACAUAUGAUAGAGUAUUCAAAAAGAUGGAAUUCAGAAAAAACAAUAAUGAACAGACUUGUAUUGAAUUUAUAAAAUGGAUUUGCUUAUACUCACAAAGAAAUCCUAUUUUUUACAAUAUUAUAACUUCUUAAGAUCAUUCACAAGAAUUAAGAUGGUUUAAACCUUUCCUAUUAGAACAAGCAGAGGAAAGACAAUAUAGACAUAUCAGUUAUAAUUAAUGCGUAGAAUUAGCAAGAGAAGUAUUAAAAUUAUAUGUUUAAGUAUUUGAGCCUAAAAAUAACGUUGAGGAUAAGCCAACAUAAGAAAACAACUAACUUAAUGAUCAUCAUGAUUAAGAAAAUGAGUAUGCUGCAGAAAAGAGUUGUUUUGGAUUGGACAACAAUAGUUAAGAAAAUGAAAUUGAUGGUCUUGAAGGAAGAGUAGAUGAAUAACAUAGAGUCACCAAAAGUUUAAAAAAAGAGGAUACUGAAGAAUUUGAAUAUUGA